CUCCCCUAGCACCGACCCUCCUUCGCGGCCGGCGCCGGCCCCGCAGUGGCUGGAGGCGCCCCGGGAGCCCGAGCGAGCGCCGGGAGAGGCCGCGCGCGGCUGGCGGCUCCGGGAGGCGGCGGCGGCCCGACACCAGCUCCGCGAGGCCCGGACUCGGACUGGGCGGCCGGCGCGGCGCGGCCGACCUGAGCGAGGGUGGGGGGCGGCGGGCGGCGCGGGGCGGCGGCGAGCGGGGGCCAUGCAGGCGCGCUACUCCGUGUCCAGCCCCAACUCCCUGGGAGUGGUGCCCUACCUCGGCGGCGAGCAGAGCUACUACCGCGCGGCGGCGGCGGCGGCCGGGGGCGGCUACACCGCCAUGCCGGCCCCCAUGAGCGUGUAUUCGCACCCAGCGCACGCCGAGCAGUAUCCGGGCGGCAUGGCCCGCGCCUACGGGCCCUACACGCCGCAGCCGCAGCCCAAGGACAUGGUGAAGCCGCCCUACAGUUACAUCGCGCUCAUCACCAUGGCCAUCCAGAACGCCCCGGACAAGAAGAUCACCCUCAACGGCAUCUACCAGUUCAUCAUGGACCGCUUCCCCUUCUACCGGGACAAUAAGCAGGGCUGGCAGAACAGCAUCCGCCACAACCUCUCACUCAACGAGUGCUUCGUCAAGGUGCCCCGCGACGACAAGAAACCGGGCAAGGGCAGCUACUGGACGCUGGACCCGGACUCGUACAACAUGUUCGAGAACGGCAGCUUCCUGCGGCGGCGGCGGCGCUUCAAGAAGAAGGACGCCGUGAAGGACAAGGAGGAGAAGGACCGGCUGCACCUCAAGGAGCCGCCGCCGCCGCCGCCCCCCGGCCGCCAGCCUCCGCCCGCGCCGCCGGAGCAGACCGACGGCCCGGUGCCCGGACCGCAGCCGCCGCCUGUGCGCAUCCAGGACAUCAAAACCGAGAACGGUACGUGCCCCUCGCCGCCCCAGCCCCUGUCCCCGGCUGCCGCCCUGGGCAGCGGCAGCGCCGCCGCGGUGCCCAAAAUCGAAAGCCCCGACAGCAGCAGCAGCAGCCUGUCCAGCGGGAGCAGUCCCCCGGGCAGCCUGCCGUCCGCUCGGCCUCUGAGCUUGGAUGGCGCGGAUCCCGCGCCGCAGCCGCCGCCUGCGCAGCCCGCGCCGCCGCCGCACCACAGCCAGGGCUUCAGCGUGGACAACAUCAUGACGUCGCUGCGGGGAUCGCCGCAGGGCGCGGCCGGGGAGCUCGGCUCGGGCCUCCUGGCCUCGGCGGCCGCGUCCUCGCGCGCGGGCAUCGCACCCCCGCUGGCGCUCGGCGCCUACUCGCCGGGCCAGAGCUCCCUCUACAGCUCCCCCUGCAGCCAGAGCUCCAGCGCCGGGAGCUCGGGCGGGGGCGGCGGCGGCGGGGGCGGCGGCGCAGGGGGCGCCGGGACCUACCACUGCAACCUGCAGGCCAUGAGCCUGUACGCGGCCGGGGAACGUGCUGGCCACUUGCAGGGCGCGCCUGGGGGCGCCGGCGGAUCAGCCGUGGACGACCCCCUGCCCGACUACUCUCUGCCCCCGGUCACUAGCAGCAGUGCCUCCUCCCUGAGUCACGGGAGCGGUCAGGAGGCUGGCCACCACCCUGCAGCCCACCAAGGCCGCCUCACCUCGUGGUACCUGAACCAGGCGGGCGGCGACCUGGGCCACCUGGCCAGCGCGGCGGCGGCGGCGGCGGCGGCGGGCUACCCCAGCCAGCAGCAGAACUUCCACUCGGUGCGGGAGAUGUUCGAGUCCCAGAGGAUCGGCUUGAACAACUCUCCGGUGAACGGGAACAGUAGCUGUCAGAUGGCCUUUCCUUCCAGCCAGUCUCUGUACCGCACAUCCGGGGCUUUCGUCUAUGACUGUAGCAAGUUUUGACACCCCCCCACCGCCUCAAAGCCGAACUGAAUCGAACCCCAGCGCAAGAACAACCAAAAGAACCAUCAAUGCAAAAUCGAAACCAAAAAAAAAUUUCCAAUUUAAAAAACCUUGAAAAAUAUUCACCAAACCAGCGAACAGAAUCCCUCCAAACGUUCAACUCACCAGCACACAAAAAACUAUUUUCUUAAAAGAUUAAUUGAGAGCCACCUCCACUUUGCCUUAUCUAAAUAAACAAAACCAUAAACCAUUUUACACAGAGACAGCAAAAUCAUGGUUUAUUAAAGGACAGUGUUACUGCAGAUAACACUUGGAUGUCGUGGACCAAACGCCAGAAAGUGUUUCCAAAACCUGACGUUAAAUUUCCUGAAACUUACUUUGUGCCUUUUUUUUUUCAUUAUAAAAAGGGAAACUGUAUUAAUCUUAUUCUAUCAUCUUUUUCUUUUUGUUGAACAUAUCCAUUGUUUGUUUAUUAAUAAAUUACCAUUCAGUUUGAAUGACA